GCUAAGCUGACUCCAGCUAUAAAGUCGGAUCCGAAAAUCGGUAAUUUCAGUUAUCAGUCGACACAGCUAACUGGGCUAAGAGCUACACUAACAACAUGGCACCAAAGUUAUAUGGUAUAGCUGUAAGUCCUCCAGUCAGAUCAGUUCUGAUCUGUGCCGAAGCUCUGAAGCUGCCCCUGGAGUUUGUUACAGUUAACAUUUUAGCUGGAGACCAAUUGAAAGAAGAUUUUUUGAAGAAAAAUCCUCUACAUACUGUGCCAGUAUUGGAAGACGACGAUGGAACUAUCAUAAUCGACAGCCACGCCAUUUUGAUAUAUUUGGUCAGCAAAUAUAAAAAAAAUGAUCCUUUGUAUCCCCUAGAUAAUCUAAAACAAAAAAUUCGCAUAGACGAAAGAUUAUUCUUUGAGGGAGGUACUUUGAGCCACAGACUCGGCAAUGUUCAGUCACCCCUAUUUAAAGGCAUCAAACCUACUGAGAGUACUCUGGGUCUACUCAAGGAAGGUCUUGGAUUUCUAGAAGCCUUUUUGGUCAACAACAAAACAAAAUACAUAGCAGGAAACAACGUGACAAUUGCCGAUUUCAGUAUUGUAACAACUGUCACUUGUAUCGACAACUACGUGCCGUAUUCACAAUUUCCUCAGUUGAAGGCAUACAUCGAGAGACCUCAAAAAUUGCCCUGGUAUAAGGUCAACGAAGAAGGCAAUGUUCAGUUGGCUGGCUUUAUUAAAUCUAAACUGGAAUCUUAAAUGAUUUCGUACUUAUUAAGCUUUUUAGUUUUUAAGACACCUAUUUUGUAAGACGAAUUGACAAUGUAAUAAACUUAAUUAUAAUUUCCGAGAAAA